UGUUGCGCUCCUCUCACGCGAUCAAUACAUCCUUCCAUCUAGACGACUAGACAGCUCAUUCCUUUCGCUUUCCCAACUAUAUUCACCCUGCAGCCAAGAUGACGACCGCACUCAGAUCCAUCAAGUCCCUCGCACCGCUCCUCGACCGCGUACUCGUACAGCGAGUAAAAGCCGAGGCGAAAACGGCCGGCGGUAUCUUCCUUCCUGAGAGCGCGCAGAAAGAACUCAACCAGGCCCAAGUGCUCGCAGUCGGACCUGGCGCAAUGGACAAGGAUGGCAAGCGGAUACCCAUGAGCGUGACGGCGGGUGACAAGGUGUUGAUUCCGCAAUUCGGCGGCAGCCCGAUCAAGGUUGGUGAGGAGGAGUACUCCCUUUUCCGGGAUCACGACAUCCUCGCCAAGAUCAACGAGUAAACCCAGAAAGCAGACUUUGUCAACAGCAUAGCCGGCGCAACCCAGCGGGUCUUGGAAUAUAGCUGGCGCUCGGAACAAUGUGAGCGUUCGCAACUGGCAUUUGAAGUGUAGCUAUACCACUGUGUAAAUACAACUCUCCUCUUCGCGCGCACGGGCGUCCAGUGUGAAGUGACCUCACAAAAUCAAGGACGCAUUCGGAGCAUACCAAGCAUCUUACCGCGCAAACUCCGCCGAAGGCAUGACUUCUGGUGUGCUUUUUUCAUGGCAUAGACGUAGGCUGACGAUCACAUCUCGGUACCCGUAACACUCAUACUAAGCGAAAUGCACGGAAAUGGGCGAGUAAUGCAUCUAGCCUGCCAUCGGUGGACGAAGCCAAGCUCUCAA